UCCGGUCCGGAACAAAACAUAACUCGCCGCUUCAAAGUAAUGAAAGAUAUUCGAGUUGUUUCGACAUGGACCGAUUUGACUCGUGACUCAGCUCUUUACUUGCUCUACACGUUUGCCGCCAUCAAAGUCUCCAAAUUCAUCUACCGUUGCUUCCAAUCAUCUGAAAUGUCAUCAUUUUCUAUGGAAACUCACCCAGAAGCUCUCAGACGUGAACGGAUUCUCUCCAGCAAACUCUACUUCAACGUCCCUGAAUCAAAGGUUUCGAUCAUCUAUUCAUCAGCAUAUGACAUCUCCUUCUUGGGGAUUGAGAAGUUGCAUCCAUUUGAUUCAACCAAGUGGCGUAGAGUUUGCAAGUUUCUUGUUUCUGAUGGGUUCUUGGAGGAGAAAUCAAUCGUUGAGCCUCUAGAAGCUUCAAACAGUGAUCUUCUAGUGGUACAUUCGUUGGACUACUUAAACAGUUUGAAAAGCAGUGCAACUGUUGCUAGGAUAACCGAGGUUCCACCAGUUGCAUUAUUCCCAAACUUUCUUGUGCAGCAGAAAGUUCUUAGCCCGUUCAGAAAGCAGGUUGGUGGGACGAUUCUGGCAGCUAAACUAGCAGUAGAACGUGGAUGGGCAAUAAACGUAGGAGGAGGUUUUCAUCAUUGUACUGCUGAAAGAGGAGGCGGGUUUUGUGCUUUUGCUGAUAUUUCUCUUUGUAUUCACUUUGCAUUUCUUCGUCUUAGCAUAUCCAGGGUUAUGAUAAUAGAUCUUGAUGCUCAUCAAGGGAAUGGCCAUGAAACAGAUCUUGGCGAUGAUAGUCGUGUUUACAUUCUAGAUAUGUACAAUCCUGAGAUAUACCCUUACGAUUAUACGGCUAGAAGAUUUAUCGAUCAGAAGGUUGAGGUGAAGAGCGGGACCACCACUGAUGAGUACCUGAGGAAACUAGACAAAGCGCUUGAGAUAAGCCCUGAUGGCAUAACAAGUAGAGACGAGAAAGUCUUCAGAUUUUCAAGGGAGAGAGAGAUUCCUGUUGUGAUGCUGACUUCAGGCGGGUACAUGAAGUCCAACGCCAGAGUUAUUGCGGAUUCCAUAGAGAAUCUCUCACGUCAAGGGCUAAUCAAGACACAACUGGACUCAGCUUCCACGUGA